GCGUUACUCCACCGCUAUUUGCUAUUUCAUUCUCAUUCUACGUCAUAGAGUAGGAACAGUAAUAUUAGCUUUAAGUCAAUUUUUUUUUAUACACAAUUCGUACGUGAAGUGAAGUGAUAUUAUUCUUUAAAAAUGUCUCAUAAAAAUCAAGCAACGGUCCCUCUACAUGGAGCUUUCAAGCCCCAAUUGAUAGUACAAGUUGACAAGAAAAAGGGUGGUGUCAACACAGUCGUAAUGAAUAAUUAUAAGAGUGAAAAGAAUGAUGUACCAGUACAAAGUGGUAAUGGAUCCACAGUACCUCUGGUGGUUGGUACCAAAAGAGAUGAAGAAUUGGGGACUUAUAAUCCAGCCGAUCACAGAGACCUGAAGCAUCCCACUUCUGAUUGGGAUACCCUUAUACAUUUGCUCAAAGGAAGUCUAGGUAGCGGUAUUUUAUCCAUGCCCCUUGCCUUUGCACAUGCAGGACUGGCUAUGGGCUUAGCGUGUACCUUGCUUGUAGGUAUAAUCUGCACCUACUGUGUACACAUCCUUGUCAAAAGUGCACAUAUACUGUACAGACGAAAUCGUGUUCCUGCUCUGGGAUUCGCAGAACUUGCCCACGCAUCGUUUCUGGCAGGGCCGCCGUCCUAUCAUCAAUGGGCCCAGUUUGCAAAGUCAAUGAUCAAUUUCUUUCUAGUAGUCGAUCUUCUAGGAUGUUGCUGUGUAUAUAUUGGUUUCGUUGCAAGUAACUUGAAACAAGUUAUCGAUUUCAACACAGGAACUGACUACGAUGUUAGAUUAUACAUGGCCGCACUCUUACCCAUCUUAAUAGCUGUCAAUCUCAUAAGAAAUCUCAAAUAUCUCGCGCCGUUUUCUAUGCUUGCCAACCUAUUCAUUGGAGCUGGUAUGGCUAUCACUUACUAUUACCUCAUUCAAGAUCUUCCUUCUAUUGAGAGUGCACCCCUUGUUGUCGAAGUCAAACAACUGCCCAUGUUCUUUGGAACAGCCAUAUUUGCCCUGGAAGGUAUUGGUGUAGUGAUGCCUUUAGAAAAUAACAUGAAAAAUCCCGAUCACUUCAUCGGAUGUCCUGGUGUCUUGAAUAUUGGAAUGGCAUUCGUCGUCGCAUUAUAUUCUGUAACUGGUUUCCUAGGGUUUUUGAAAUAUGGCCCAGAUACUAUGAGCAGCAUUUCAUUGAAUCUUCCACAGGAACAACCAUUGGCCCAAGCAGUGAAAUUGAUGAUAGCCCUCGCAAUUUUCUUCACUUAUAGUUUACAAUUUUACGUGCCAAUGCAAAUAAUCUGGAAGAACGUCAAAUCGAAGUUUACCAGCAGACCGAAUUUAUCUGAAUAUACCAUAAGAAUUUCACUGAUCAUCUUAACAGUAGUGUUAGCAAUUGUAGUUCCUAAUCUUUCAGGUUUCAUUUCUUUAGUUGGAGCCGUCUGCCUCUCAAUGUUGGGAAUGAUAUUUCCCGCCAUCAUUGAGACGCUCACGUGUUAUGAGGAACCCGGCUUUGGAAAAUUCUCAUGGAGGUUAUAUAAGAAUAUAUUCCUGAUUAUUUUCGGUUUAGUCGGGUUUCUUACCGGUUCGUACGUUAGCUUACAGGAAAUUUUCUCUUCUCAGUGAGAUCUACCCUAGUUUUCAAGCGUCAUUCUACCUGCGACAUCUUUGAAUGAAAAAUUAACUUCAUAUGUUGAAGAGAAAAAAGUAGAGGAAUCAGCCUACCAGCUGAAACCUGGUAGAAUUUAAAGAUUGCAUUCGAUUCUAAACAAGAUUUAUUCGAACGACUUCAACAUCUCAGUUUCGUUAAACAAAAAUGAAGGAAAGCUGCUAGAAGCGACGCUUGUUCAUAGUCAGAUUAUGAAUAACGAUUAGGCUGCUAAGUAAUGUAUGUGAUUUUCUUAACAGCAGAACAAUAAUAUUAUAUUCCAUAAAUCCACUUCCGAAUAGCAGGCACAACGAUAUUCCUAGAUCGAGCAAUAUGUGCAUUUUUCUUCUAUCAACUCAACCAUCCCAUGUUGAAUGAAGUGACUUCCUAUGGUAUUCAUGUAGGCGAUGGACGAUGAUUCUGCAGCGGGAUAUUCUAAAUUGAAAUUAUUUUUUGUAAUAUAUAUUUUUAUAUUAACUUGCUUUGUAGUGAUUUGUGAAAUCCUCUCCAUAUAUACAUCCCCUUGCAGAAUCAUUCAAAAUGAGUGUGUAGUUUAUUUAUUUCAUUGAAUCGCUACUACAAUCAAAAAACGAUUGUGAAGGCAUUCCAUUCAACGUGAAAAGCUUGAUCUGAGAAUAUCCUUUCAAGAAUGACACAAAGUCGAAUAAUAUUUUUUGUAUUGUUUUUUAUCACCUCAAGUGCUUAAAUCUGAUGAAAUAUUAUAGAUAUUCCGAAUAUCAGUUUAUAAUUAAACAAGACUGUGUCCUAGAGAAGUGCCAAAAAGUAAUGAUAGAAAAGAGGUUCCUUGUGAUUUAAUUUAUUUUUACUAAGUAUUAUUAUGAAUUAGUUGAAUUUUGUAGACAUAUAGUAAAACAACGAGGCAGUUGAGCUGCCGAAGGAGUACGAAAGGACCAGAUGGAUAAAAAGUAUUCUGAACAAAAUAAAUUUUUGAGUUUUU